CUGAAGAAUAGACUGUAUAGAAAUGAAAGUGGGAUGAGAGAGAAAGAGAAACCGAAAAGAAGGAAGGAAGGAAGAAGAAUUUUUGGGGGGGAGAGGGAGAAAGAGAGAGAGAAUGAUUCAAGGUUGAGGUCUGACACAGCCACCACCAGUUCGCAGACCGCCGCCGCCGCCGCCGCCGCUGCAACCUGGCUAUAGCCGUGGUCCACACCACCCUACUAGGGGUUCUGCGAUACUACUGAAAGAUCGACUAUGUUUUCCGGUGUGGAUUCUUGGAAUCCAAACAGAUCGUUUGGAUAGAAAAGGGUUUGAAUUGAAGCUGCGUGAUCCAGCAAGCUAUCAACCAUAUCUGACAUUUAUAUUAGAGAGAGACAGAGAAUCAGGCAAGGAAAUUGUGUAUCUGUGUGUAGAGAUAAAGAGGGGUGUGAGAAAUGGAGCGCGGGAGAGCGGAAGAGGACGUCAAGCAGCAGGAAGACCGCCGUGAUCGGCGGUUGAAUCCCCCGGAGAAUCAACACCUGCCGCAGCAGCAGCAACAGCCGCCUCAGAAGUGCCCUCGUUGCGACUCGCUCAACACCAAGUUCUGCUACUACAACAACUACAGCCUCUCGCAACCUAGGUAUUUUUGCAAGACCUGCAGGAGAUACUGGACCCAAGGCGGAACCCUAAGGAACGUCCCCGUCGGCGGUGGAUGCCGGAAGGGCAAGCGGGCCAAGGCCUCGUCUUCGGUUGGUGGAGAGAAUUCACGAUCGCAUCCGUCGCCGCCGCCACCACUACCAGCACAACCGCUACCAGAUGAUCAGCUCCAAGUGCCCCAAAAACUUGGUAAUCUGUCUGUUGCUCCGAUGGGUUCUUACUAUUCAAGCGAUCAUGGGUUCUUGUCUUCCCUGGCAGCUAUGCAAUCUUUGAUCCAACCACAAGGCCAACAGCCAUUCGGAGGCCAAUUCGGAGGCUCUUCUCAUUUGGCUCAUUUGCAGGGCUUAAAUAUGACAUCUUUUGCCUCACAACAAGCUCAAAACCAACAGAUUCAGCAGGAAGAUGAGUUUUACCAAAUGGGUAGCAGGGAUAAGAACAUAGAAUCAAUCUACCCAUCUGAUCAUCCAAGCCUCCAGAUUCAGCCAAGUAGGCCUUUUUCUUCCUGGAAUCAGACCCUCCUCCACAACACUACAAACCCCAGUGGCGCCACAGCUCCGGCUAGUUUCUGGAACAGCACAGCGGCCGCUGCCUCCAGUGGCACAGCCGGGACUUCUCCUAACCCAAACCAAUGGCCUGAUCUACCGGGCUAUGGCCAUCCUCCAUGAUCAUGAAUCAACACCCAUUCUUCUCCACAAAAUUAAGCUUAAGUUUAUGUGAUGUGGGUAUUGAUGUAAAUGGAGGAAAAUAUAUAUUACAGCGCAGUGGCCAUUUUGCUAUAAUCUAUAAGCUUCUUAUAGAGAGAGAUUUCUGGGUUGGGUUAGGUUGUGUUGUUGAAACUUUUGAUUAAAGUUAACAAGGUUUUAUGUUUGAGCUUUUUUUUGUUUUUUGUUGGGUUGCUUUGAUUCAUCUUUAUAAUGGAUUUAGAAUUGCCAGUAUUUAUUAGAAUAUGUGGGAAAGCUAUGUAUGCAGUGUAGAGUUUGCUUUAUGAUCACUUUGAGCUAAAGCUAGGGUUUGUAGGGCAUGAAAAGCCUACAAGGAGCACUUAUGUGAACAAGUGGGUGACGCUAACCAAAGCCAAUGCCUCUGCAAAAGAAGAAGUUGAUGGAAAAGAUGGUUCGUUUAUGUU